AUGCACGUCUAUCAGAACCACCCCGAAAUUAUUGUUUCAAGCAGCAAAAAGGGAGGCCGUGAUCUCUCUCUAGAUGCGAAGAAUGCAUCAGGAAGAAAACUGGAAGAUGACUGCAAGAAGCAGUGGAGGGCAGAAGACAGGGCGAACCCAACGCACAUCAAUAAAGCCUCAUGCGGCGAAUAUACGGGCGUCCACAUUAUGGGCCAACUUCACGAUGGAAAUAUCCCAGACGAGAAGACGGACAUGGUUGCCACCCACAGACCGGGCCCCAAGGAGGCAGAACAGGCGAAGAUAGCAGCAAACGGUGGGCAGAGAGAACCAGCGAGGAAAGAGGACCUUGAAAUCCAGCCUCCUUGCGACGGUGCAACUAACCGAAACAAGGCCAUGAACGGAAAGUCCAACAGAAUGGGGAUGGGAGGGUGUGCGUCUAUUCCGACACUGACUGGGUCGAAGGUCGUCCACGAGGAUACCGAGGGCCAGCCUUACGACUUGGACGGCUCUCAAUUCACUACACACGCACUGGGCCCAUACAGGGAAGAUUCGCCAGCCCAGGCAAAGGCCGACCAGGAAAAGAUAGACAACAAAGCGUAUAUGGAUGAUCACAAGCAGCGGAUGCGGAAAGAGUUGGACGAGAAGAAAAAGAAGGAGAAGGAUGAGGCCCGUGAGAGGGCGAAGGCAAACCGCGAAGCUCAAUUAAAAGCACAGCAGGAGGAGAGUAGCUAA